CGUGCGCGCUCACGUUUCCGCGCGCCUACCAAAGCUAGCUCAGAACAGGGCCGAGAAAUCCCCGAGCGAAAGAUCCAGCGAAAAGUCAGUCUGCUUCCUGGAAGCUUUUUCCUACGCGAAGUUGUUCCAGCGUGCGUGAAGCGAGGAGGGAUUUUUCCUUCGGGUUAAUUGCAUCGUAUUUUACUCCCUCUUUUUGCACGACAGGGGCGGCUGAAGUUUUUGUCGACAGCGCGGGCGGUGUUCGUUUUUUUUUUUUUUUUUUAGAGUUUACAGGAGAGCGGCGGCAGCACUCAGCACGUCGUUUCACUCUGGGAGGAGAGGAGAGGGCAGAAGUUUCCGCUGGCUUGUUUCGUUCGCUGCGGGGCUGCUGGUGAAGCCGCAGGAAUGUCGCAGAAAGAGAGACCCACGUUCUAUCGACAGGAGCUCAACAAAACCGUGUGGGAAGUCCCGGAGCGCUACCAGAACCUGUCUCCGGUCGGCUCCGGUGCUUACGGAUCCGUGUGUUCAUCGUAUGAUGUGAAGUUGGGCCUGAAGGUAGCGGUGAAGAAGUUAUCCAGACCUUUCCAGUCCAUUAUCCACGCAAAGAGAACCUACAGAGAGCUGCGGCUGCUGAAACACAUGAAGCACGAGAAUGUGAUCGGCCUCUUAGAUGUUUUUACGCCGGCGACAAGCUUAGAGGAGUUCAACGAUGUAUAUUUGGUGACGCAUCUUAUGGGAGCAGAUCUCAACAACAUCGUGAAGUGUCAGAAGCUGACCGAUGACCACGUUCAGUUCCUCAUCUACCAGAUCCUCAGAGGCUUGAAGUAUAUCCACUCUGCAGAUAUUAUUCAUAGAGACUUGAAGCCCAGUAAUCUGGCUGUAAAUGAAGACUGUGAGCUUAAAAUCCUCGACUUUGGUUUGGCGCGGCACACAGAUGAUGAGAUGACGGGAUACGUAGCCACCCGGUGGUACCGAGCCCCUGAGAUCAUGCUGAACUGGAUGCACUACAACAUGACCGUGGAUAUCUGGUCAGUGGGUUGCAUCAUGGCAGAACUUCUUACAGGACGGACGCUCUUCCCCGGCACAGAUCACAUUGAUCAGUUGAAGCUUAUAAUGAUGCUCGUCGGAACCCCAGGGCCCGAGCUCUUGAUGAAAAUCUCUUCAGACUCUGCAAGGAACUACAUCAGUUCACUUCCCCACAUGCCCAAGAGGAACUUUGCGGAUGUGUUUAUUGGCGCCAACCCUCUGGCCGUGGACUUGCUGGAAAAAAUGCUGGUGUUGGACACAGACAAGCGGAUCACAGCGUCUGAGGCUCUGGCCCACUCGUACUUCGCUCAGUACCACGAUCCGGACGAUGAGCCAGAAGCAGAUCCAUACGAUCAGAGCUUUGAGAGCCGCGACCUGGAAAUCGAGGAGUGGAAGAGGUUAACCUACGAAGAGGUUCUGAGCUUUGUGCCGCCAUCUUUAGAUGAUGAGAUGGAAUCAUGAGGGAGAGAUGCCUUUUGUCUUUUAUUUGUUAUGUUUUUUUCUUCAAUGAAACACUUUUAAAAUUGUCAAUCUCACGUGACUAUCCAUUCUUUUUUUUUUUUUUUUACUCACACCAUGACAUUCAAGUGCCUGUCAUCAUUUAUAUCUGAGGGAUGCUGUGAUACCAGGGGGGAAAAACAAACAAAAGCAAAACUUUCACAUCCUGUUCAUAUUGUCCUCCAGCCUCCUGUUUGUGUUCCUUUUUAUCCUCUUCCCCCCAUCAUAAGGUCACACUUAGAUCUUAACUAUAGUUUAGUUUCUGCCUCGGACUUUAGAAUUUUUUCUCUGUUUUCACUUUAAAGACAGACCGUAAAUGACAACAAAUCUGAAGAUUUUACCUGCAGAGUCAUGUUUUUAAAAUUUUUACUACUUGGCAGGCACUAUUACAGCAGAAAGUUAUGUUAGGUUAAAUGUUAUCUUAUUGUGCGGUUAGGACUGUGUAGAUAUUACAGCAAACAGUAUUUGUACUUAAGUAUUUCAGGUGAAAUGAUGACCUUAUUAUGUAACAAUCAGAACCUGCUGGGACGCACCAUAGCCAACCUCUUUAACAGUAUGAAUUAGAUUUUUCCUAAAAUAACAUAAAACAUAUUAUUAGUGAUUUAUAAAUAAAUAUGUACAGAACAGGAAGUAAAUAUAAAUUCAUUCUGAUGAGAAAAGAGUCAGGCUUCAUAUUUCUUGCUGGUUUUGUAGACUUAGAUUUUUUUAUUUUUCCCCCCCAAGGAAAAGAUUUUGUAGCAUUCUGCGUAUUAAUAUCACCAAAUGUUUAAAAGGUUCCACCUUUUUUUUCAUUAUCAGUUCAGAAUACUUUUAUUGUAAAAAAAUAAAAAAAUAAAAAAGUAAUGAUUUUUUUUUAGCUGUCAGCAAGCUCCAGGGUCACGGUCGCCCAGUGAAAACAAGGUUUAGCAUCGUAAUUUAUUCAGAUUUGAUGUUUUACAUUAAAUUAAACAUCUCAUUGUGAACGUUAAUCACAUUGCAUUUGAAAACCACAGUACUAUUCGUGUUUGUUUGAAUGUUUGGGGCGCCACGUUGCCCUGUAUUUAUGAGCUUUUGUUAUUUUAUUUUAUUUUUUGUUUGUAUAUCAGUGUAAAAGAGAAUAUUAUUUGUUGCAAUUUUAGGUUUGUAUUAUUUAUGGAAAGCUUGUAUCAGUAUCCGAAUGUAUCAGUGACUGCAGUUUGAGCUUGUUUUUCUAAAUCAAACAACCAAGAAAAAGAUCCAUAGAGUUUAAAAUUAUUCUUAACUUAAGGUUUGCUGGAAAUGUCCAAAGUCAAUCUAAACAAUCCUGUUUAGAUUAACUUGGACAAGAAAUAUAAAAAGCAAAAUGUGUAUUCCAGUCAAUUUAUUGUUUAUACAACCAUUAAAGCACUAUAUUGCARAAAGUUUCAAAUCAAACCAGAGUUACUUGCCACAGAUGUGUUGUAUCCACAUUUUGCAAACCCUUGAUUGAUUGAUUUUUUAUUUUUUGUCUAAUGUAUUAUUUUACUCCCUGUGUUUUUAAAAUCAAAAGUUGAUGUUCCAUGAUUUAUAAGGUGCARUAGCACCCUAUUGUUUGAAUAGUUUAGCAGGCCACAUGAGUGGACGUUUACUCACUGGAUGCUGAAGUCUCACACUUUGUCAUGUUUUUUGUUUGUUUGUUUGUUUUUUACACAACUGCUACAGUCUGAUAUUUGUCCUUUCUACAUCUCAAAUGUCACAGAUUGUUCUGGUUUUUGCUUGCUUCAUUUUAUUUUAUUUUUUCAGUAAGUUCUCCACCAUAUGUACCAUGACAGCAGGCCGUACUCUCUGUAAAUAUAACACCAYUGGAAAAAUAAAGGCUACUAUUUUUCAAAGCUG